AUCCCUGGGGCAGCCUCGGAGCCACGGCCUUGGCCUCGCUCAGGGCAGCCCGGAACCCCUCUGCCGACACCAUGGUGAACUGGACAGCCGAGGAGAAGCAGCUCAUCACCGGCCUCUGGGCCAAGGUCAACGUGGCCGAGUGCGGCGCCGAGGCCCUGGCCAGGCUGCUGAUCGUGUACCCCUGGACACAGAGGUUCUUCGCCUCCUUCGGGAACCUGUCCAGCCCCACUGCUGUCAUCGGCAACCCCAUGGUCCGUGCCCACGGCAAGAAGGUGCUCACCUCCUUCGGGGAGGCUGUCAAGAACCUGGACAGCAUCAAGAAAUGUUUUGCUCAGCUGAGCAAACUCCACUGCGACAAGCUGCACGUGGACCCCGAGAACUUCAGGCUCCUGGGUGACAUCCUCAUCAUCGUCCUGGCUGCCAACUACGGCAAGGACUUCUCCCCCGCCUGCCAGGCUGCCUGGCAGAAGAUGGUCCGUGCGGUGGCCCACGGGCUGGCCCACGAGUACCACUGAGCCUCCUGGAAGCUCCUGCCUGCAGACGCUCCCGGGGAAUCCUCCCCGGCUCCUGCUGGCCUCUAAUCAAAUAAAGAACAGCUGCUC